AGUUCGUAGGCAACCAACCUCAGCACAGCAGCAUCGCGAUCCCCAUUAUAUAAUCGACCAAGCUGCGCCCAUCAGAUCACACUCGAGCGACCGAGCGAGGGCGGGACAGGGACAGCGAGGGACUUGCUGUGCGAUGGAGCAGAACACCGCGAGGCCGAGGCCCAUCAGAUGCAAAGCGGCCGUGAGCAAGGCGCCUGGGCAGCCGCUGGAGAUGGAGGAGGUGGAGGUGGCGCCGCCGCGGGCGCACGAGGUCCGCAUCAGGAUCCUCUGCACCUCGCUCUGCCACACCGACAUCACCUUCUGGCGCAUGAAGGAUUUUCCGGCCAUGUAUCCGUCCAUUCUGGGGCAUGAAGCAGUCGGUGUGGUGGAGAGCGUGGGGGAUCAUGUGCAGGAGGUGGCCAUGGGGGACACGGUGGUGCCGGUGUUCCUGGCGCAGUGCGGGGAGUGCGCCGACUGCCUCUCCGCGCGCAGCAACAUCUGCUCCAAGCUGACGCCCCGCGCCGGCGCCGGAAUGCCGCGGGACGGCACCACGCGCUUCUCGCUCGCCGCCACCGGCGAGCCCGUCCACAACUUCAUAUACGUCUCCAGCUUCGCCGAGUACACGGUCGUAGACGUCGCGCACGUCGUCAAGGUCGGCCCCUUCAUCCCGCCGGAGAAGGCGUGCCUGCUCAGCUGCGGCGUCUCCACCGGGGUCGGCGCAGCUUGGAAGGUUGCGGCAGUGGAGGGCGGCUCAACUGUUGCGGUCUUUGGACUGGGCACCGUGGGAUUAGCGGUAGCGCAAGGGUCGACGAUGCGUGGUGCUAAGAGGAUCAUCGGGGUCGAUUUGAAUCAGGACAAGUUCGAGAUCGGUAAGAGACUGGGGAUCACCGACUUUGUCAAUCCAAAUGAUACCGAGGAGAAGACGGUCAGCGAGGUCAUCACGGAGAUGACCGGCGGCGGCGCCGACUACUGCUUCGAGUGCGUCGGCUCGGCUUCACUCAUGACGGAAGCAUUCAAGAGCUCUCGGAUGGGGUGGGGGAAGACGAUCAUCCUCGGCACCGACGGCGGCGCGGCGCCGAUCAGCGUAUCGUCGUCCGACAUCCAGAAGGGGAGAACGGUCGUCGGCUCGCUCCUCGGCGGGAUCAAGCCCAAGGACGACAUCCCCGUGCUGGCACAGCUGUACAUGGACAAGGAGCUGGAGCUGGACGAGUUCAUCACGCACCAGAUGGGCUUCGACGAGAUAAACCUGGCGUUCGACCUGCUCACGCAGGGGAGGAGCCUCCGAUGCAUCGUCUGGAUGGACGGCGCCAAGGAGAACGGUGCGUGAUGCAUGCCGCCGCCGUCGCGCGCGCGCAAGAUUACGUACGCGCCGUGGCAAAAGGAUGAGCGGGACAUGCCGUCACCUGCUUGGUGUUAGUCUUCUUGUUGAUUUGGACGUAAGAUGAAGUGACACGUGCGCGUGCCCGUGCUUGAGUUGAUUAUCCUGCCAUGGAGCCAUUAGCUAUGGAAGCAUGUAUUGUUGAUUUCAUUGUUUGUAUUGAAUAUUGAUGUACCGUGACUACAAUUACCUA